AUGCAGAGUAGUAUGCACACUUCGAGGGCGAGUCUGGUAGAGUUGGCCGCGUCGGUAGAGGCGGAUCUUGAGUGGGCCAGUUGGUCCGGUGGCUGUGCCGUCUGCUCCUGCUAUCCCACCUCGGAGUCAGCAGCAGCAGCAGCGCAGGCAGGGGCAGGGGUGGUUUGCCUGCGCAGGGUCAGAAGAGGAGUAGAGAGGAGUUUUCUGGUGCUAGUCAGUUUCCUCGUGAGUAUGUCGGUGGCUUCGGUUCAGCCAGUAGCGGCUCAGCCAGUGAGUCAGAUCGCAGCAGUGCAGCCGUUGGGUCAGAUUGCACCGGCGCGCGGGGUUACUCUUCAGUGGAGACUGACCGGGCAGAUCACAGGGACCUUGUUAGUGGGCGGUUUUGAGUCCCACGUUUUAUUCGACUCUGGAGCAUCGAAUUGCUUCAUUACACCGGAGCGUGCCGAGAAGAGUGGCAUCCGGAGUAGCGCGGGCGAGAGCGCGGGCAUGGUCAAGGUGGCGGGAGGUGGAUUCUUGUCUACUUUGGGCCGUGCUAGAGGAGUCGAGAUCGAGAUUGCGGGGCAGUCAAUGCCAGCAGACUUAGUCAUCAGUCCGGUGGAGCUGUAUGACGUUAUUCUCGGGAUGGACUGGUUGUCACACUACAGAGUUCAUCUGGAUUGCUACAGAGGUAGAGUGGUCUUCGAGCGAGAUGCAGGGAGGUUGGUUUAUCAGGGAGUGAGACCGACUUCCGGGAGUAUUGUGAUAUCUGCUAUUCAGGCCGAGCAGUUGUUAGAGCGGGGCUGUGAGGCGUAUCUGGCGACGAUUUCUAUGUCUGAGUCAGGAGCUGGAGUUGUUAUGGGAGAUAUUGAGGUUGUCCAGGAUUUUGAGGAUGUCUUUCAGUCACUGAAGGGAUUACCACCAUCUCGGUCUGAUCCUUUCACGAUUGAGUUAGAGCCGGGGACAGCACCGAUAUCGAAGACGCCUUACAGGAUGGCGCCAGCUGAGUUGGCAGAGCUGAAGAAGCAGAUAGAGGACCUUUUGUCUAAGGGGUUCAUUCGACCAAGUGUUUCACCGUGGGGAGCACCGGUGUUGUUUGUGAAGAAGAAGGAUGGCAGUUUCAGACUUUGUAUCGAUUACAGAGGUCUUAACCGAGUCACUGUGAAGAACAGGUACCCACUCCCGAGGAUUGAUGAGUUGUUGGAUCAGUUGAGGGGUGCUACUUGGUUCUCCAAGAUUGACUUGGCAUCGGGGUAUCAUCAGAUCCCGAUAGAUGAGGCAGAUGUCAGGAAGACUGCUUUCAGGACGCGUUAUGGGCAUUUUGAGUUUGUGGUUAUGCCUUUCGGUUUGACUAACGCGCCGGCAGCCUUCAUGAGAUUGAUGAACGACGUGUUCAGGGAGUAUUUGGACGUGUUUGUCAUCAUUUUCAUUGACGAUAUUCUGGUAUACUCGAGGAGUCAGGAGGAGCAUGCGACUCACUUGAGGUUGGUUCUGGAGAAGCUUCGGGAGCAGAAGCUUUUUGCUAAGUUGAGCAAGUGCAGUUUCUGGCAGCGAGAGAUGGGAUUUCUUGGCCACAUUGUUUCUGCAGAGGGAGUUUCUGUGGAUCCGGCUAAGAUUGAGGCUAUCAGAGAUUGGCCUAGACCUAGUAGUGCCACCGAGAUCAGGAGUUUUCUGGGUUUGGCAGGAUACUUGAUGUCAUUUGGAGCUAAUUGGAACAUUGCCUAUCACUGGAGACUAGUUGAGGAAGGAAAGACUCUGUCUGCCCCAUGUACGGACCCGCACUCGGUCGAGCUACUUUCGUCUGGAGGUGGUUUCAUGUCAUUCGGACCAGCGGUUCAGAAGAUACGACGAUUUUGGUUGGACUCGACCCACCAGCUCGACCGGCCAGUUUCCAACUCGAUCGAGCUGCUUUUCCAGGAGUCAAAGUCAAACCCGAAAAAUGUUGCUUCCCUUUGA